UUUCUAGAAUCUCUUCCCAGCGGCCUUUGCGGUUCCAACAUGGCGGAGCUGACGGUGGAGGUUCGCGGCUCCAACGGGGCUUUCUACAAGGGAUUUAUCAAAGAUGUUCAUGAAGACUCCCUCACAGUUGUUUUUGAGAACAAUUGGCAACCAGAACGCCAGGUUCCAUUUAAUGAAGUUAGAUUACCACCACCACCUGAUAUAAAAAAAGAAAUUAGUGAAGGAGAUGAAGUAGAGGUAUAUUCAAGAGCAAAUGAUCAAGAACCAUGUGGAUGGUGGUUGGCUAAAGUUCGAAUGAUGAAGGGAGAAUUUUAUGUCAUUGAAUAUGCUGCUUGUGAUGCCACUUACAAUGAAAUAGUCACAUUUGAACGACUUCGACCUGUCAAUCAAAAUAAAACUGUCAAAAAAAAUACCUUCUUUAAAUGCACAGUGGAUGUUCCUGAGGAUUUGAGAGAGGCGUGUGCUAAUGAAAAUGCACAUAAAGAUUUUAAGAAAGCAGUGGGAGCAUGCAGAAUUUUUUACCAUCCGGAAACCACGCAGCUAAUGAUACUGUCUGCCAGUGAAGCAACUGUGAAGAGAGUAAAUAUUUUAAGUGACAUGCAUUUGCGGAGUAUUCGUACAAAGUUGAUGCUUAUGUCCAGAAAUGAAGAGGCCACUAAGCACUUAGAAUGCACAAAACAACUUGCAGCAGCUUUUCAUGAGGAAUUUGUUGUGAGAGAAGAUUUGAUGGGCCUGGCGAUAGGAACGCAUGGUAGUAAUAUACAGCAAGCUAGGAAGGUUCCUGGAGUUACAGCUAUUGAGCUAGAUGAAGAUACUGGAACAUUUAGAAUCUAUGGAGAGAGUGCUGAUGCUGUGAAAAAGGCUAGAGGUUUCUUGGAAUUUGUGGAGGAUUUUAUUCAGGUUCCUAGGAAUCUUGUUGGAAAAGUAAUUGGGAAAAAUGGCAAAGUUAUUCAAGAAAUAGUGGACAAAUCUGGUGUGGUUCGGGUGAGAAUUGAAGGAGACAAUGAAAAUAAACUGCCUAGAGAAGAUGGGAUGGUUCCAUUUGUAUUUGUUGGCACUAAAGAAAGCAUUGGAAAUGUGCAAGUUCUUUUAGAGUAUCAUAUUGCUUAUCUAAAGGAAGUAGAACAGCUAAGAAUGGAACGCCUACAGAUUGAUGAACAGCUACGACAGAUUGGUAUGGGUUUCAGACCUUCUUCCACCAGAGGGCCUGAAAAAGAGAAAGGAUAUGCCACUGAUGAAAGUACCGUCUCUUCUGUACAAGGUUCUAGGUCUUAUAGUGGAAGAGGCAGAGGUCGUCGGGGCCCUAAUUACACCUCCGGUUAUGGUACAAACUCUGAGCUGUCUAAUCCAUCUGAAACAGAAUCAGAGCGUAAAGACGAGCUGAGUGAUUGGUCAUUGGCAGGAGAAGAUGAUCGAGAGAGCCGGCAUCAGCGUGACAGCAGGAGACGCCCAGGAGGAAGAGGCAGAAGUGUUUCAGGGGGUCGAGGUCGUGGUGGACCACGUGGUGGCAAAUCGUCCAUCAGUUCUGUGCUCAAAGAUCCAGACAGCAAUCCAUACAGCUUACUUGAUAAUACAGAAUCAGAUCAGACUGCAGACACUGAUGCCAGCGAAUCUCAUCACAGUACUAACCGUCGUAGGCGGUCUCGUAGACGAAGGACUGAUGAAGAUGCUGUUCUGAUGGAUGGGAUGACUGAAUCUGAUACAGCUUCAGUUAAUGAAAAUGGGCUAGAUGAUAGUGAAAAAAAACCCCAGCGACGCAAUCGUAGCCGCAGGCGUCGUUUCAGGGGUCAGGCAGAAGAUAGACAGCCAGUCACAGUUGCAGAUUAUAUUUCUAGAGCUGAGUCUCAGAGCAGACAAAGAAACCUCCCAAGGGAAACUUUGGCUAAAAACAAGAAAGAAAUGGCAAAAGAUGUGAUUGAAGAGCAUGGUCCUUCAGAAAAGGCAAUAAAUGGCCCAACUAGUGCUUCUGGCGAUGAAAUUUCUAAGCUACAGCGUACUCCAGGAGAAGAAAAGAUUAAUACCUUAAAAGAAGAAAAUACUCAAGAAGCAGCAGUCCUGAAUGGUGUUUCAUAAACUGAAGAAGUUCCUAGUUUACAGUUCUUUUACAUUACAUUUUACAAUAGUGCUUGUACAAGCUUGCCAAAGAUAGAAUAUGGAUCGCCAGUCUUUACAUCGCACUUUCAGUUCCUCCAUUUGGAAUUCAGGAAGGGGAGGGAUCCUGAAGAAAUCAUAUGUUAAACAUACUUUGACACCUACUGUGUUAUAAAAUAUAUCAUCAGAUGUGCCUUGAGAAUAGUAUAUGUAACAUUAAAAAAGUUGCUGGCUAUAGGAAAUGUUAUUUUGUUUUCAAAAUAUGGCAGAAACGGGGGAGGUGGGUGGGGUGGGAUCCCUAACGUAAUAUUCUUUAUGAAAGCAUUAGCUGCUUUUGUUACAUUUUUAAUAAUAUGCAACCACUUCUUCACCUGAGGAAAACUAGAAUGAAAUGCAGUCUAAGAUAUUUUGCACUGAAUUGUAAUUUCUUCAUUAGUUUAGUCUGGAAACUGGUCUGUUUUAAUGUGUUUUUAAAAUGCUGUAUGUAGAAAAUCUGCAGACCACUGGAAUACAUUUGUUAAACUCUCAUCUGCAGGGACACUGGGUGAUAUUGGCAGUGACUGUUCAAUGAGGCUUUGUUUGGUUUAUUUAUUAAAGUGUACAGUAUUUAAAAAAAAUCAAACAUAGCUUUAGUUAAACACUAAGCUGAAUUAGUCAUGUCCAUUCAGACAUAACCUGAACUACUGAAAAGAUCAAUUUCCAGAAGGUUUAUUCUGUAUAAACUACAUGUUAGUCUUCAAUAGAGUAUCUUUUCCUUUUCUUCCCCAACCCUCCUCCCCCCCUUUUUUUUUCUUUUCUUUUUUUUCCUCUUUUCUUUCUUUCUUUUUUUUUUUUUUUUUUUUUGAUUUUGGUUGUUUGAUGUGCAAUAUGUUUUUGUAUGCAGGUAGUAAAUAAACUUUGAUCUACCA